CCGAAGGCUCCGAAGUUUGUUUGUGUUCGCCGUAGGGUGCAUACACAUAUGUUCGUUCUUGCGUAGUAGGAUUUGUAAUCUGAAUUAUGUUAGGAAAUAAUGACGGCGACGGCUCCCAAGAUGUUUCUGAUUGUUGUAUACUAUAUGAACUUUUGAUGUAUUGUGAAUGGAUGCAAGAUCCAGAGUUGCUGAAAUGCCCUAGACCUGGUGACACUCAAUUUUUUUCUGGAAGUACACAUAAAAACCCUGCUAAAUACAUUUGGAAGUUUUUCAGCAAUAGAGAGUCGGUGUGUGGUGAAGUACAGAGACUUCUUCUGCAACAGCUUCCAUGGCAUUUUGCAGUAGGUGAAGGGGGCAAGGUGGUUGCCAUACUGCAGGACACAUUACUUGAAAUCCGAACUUCCAGAGAUGAGUACUCGUCUGUUGUUGGAAUGGCUUCCAUUGCAAAGGAUGCCAGUCCACAGUUACGGAAGCUGACAUGGAGUCCAGAUUCUAGUAUGCUUGCUGUUGCCCAUAGUAAUGGAGUUGUAUCUUUCUAUGACCUUCUUGGCAGCAAUGUUUUCAACAUUUAUCCACCAAAAUUUCAAGAAAAUAGUCAGUUUGUGGAUAAAAGGAAUGCCCUUGUCUUCAUUGGCUUUCUUCAGUCCAGAAGAAAAAGCCCAAAAUGGUCUGCUGAAAUCAUUCUAGUCGAUUAUCAUGGAAAUUUAUAUUGCUAUUUGGUGUCUCCAACUGAUGGGUAUCAGCAGAGUCAUGCAUUCUCAUUUGCACAACAUUAUCGACAAGGAGUGCUUGCUGUUGCUUACCACCAGUCACAUAACAUGCUGUUUGUUGCCGGCCCAAUGGUGAUGAAGAAUUCUGAUUCCUUAAAGGGCCAUGGCAGUAGUAUUGGUUUAUCAGCGUGGCGACUGCUUAAUGAUCACCCGUACUACCGCCUGGCAUUGUCAACAGAUGAAGAGCAAGCAAUAUGGGAGGCCAAACAGAGUUGGUGGAAAUGGGUUCCCUCACUGACAUCAAAUCCUAAACAAAGUGCUGUAUUCAAGAUGCAGGUUUCUCCAACAGGCAAACUUCUUGCUUGUCUUCAUUCGUGUGGCAGCAUUUCAUUAUGGCACCUACCAGCAAUUCGGCUGUACAAGUACUGGCCCUUGUUGGAUCAACCACAUUAUAACGCACAAAAUCCCCAGCAUUCCAAGGGAAGUUACAGCCAUGGCAGUGAUAACAGUAGCUACCAACCAGUGGUUAUCAAUUGGUGGACUGACCAA